CGUGGGAAAAAUAUACUUCGUCUCGUAUUUUCUCGUAUGGUCGUGUUUUACAUAACGUAUUUAUUUAUUUUGCGCAUAAAUGUGGUCACAUUUUAACCGUAAUUAGUCCAGUAUUUUUAGAGUGGGGGGCAGAGCAGGGUUGUGAUGACUAACGAGUCUCAGCUCGAAGAAUUGGAAGUACUCGCAUCCAUUUAUGAAGGUGAUCCCAACUUUAAACAGAUUAAGGAUGACACAUCCCAAUAUAAACUAGGCGUUGAAGGAGACAAGUCUACCGUUUUAAUUGAAGUUCAAUGGCCUCCAGAAUAUCCCGAAGUGGUGCCUAUCUUUAAUCUUGGAGCUUUCUACAAUAAUCACCUGUCUUCUGGUGCAAAAUCUGCCUUACUGACCGCUCUAAAUGACGAAGCCGAACAGAAUGUUGGGAUGCAGCAAACUUUCACGAUGAUCGAAUGGGCGAAAGAGAACUAUGACGCCCUUAUUACGCCACACCUCUCCGAAGAUGUUUUACCAUCGCGGAUCGAAUCUAUGAGUCUGGGGGAGAAUAAGGGAAACGAGGAAACUGCUAAAGUGAAGGUGAAAAAGGAACAAUUAUCCAAAAGUCAGAAGAGGAGGGAGUGGGACCGUGUCGACAACAAGGGGGAGCGACCUCGCGGCUAUGACUGGGUUGACGUGGUGAAACAUCUCUCACAAACUGGGGGACGGCCAGAUUGGGGGGAUUCUCAGCAGCAAACUUCACUCCCAGACUCGUACCUAUCUCCAGCUAAUCUUCCUAGUUGAAAUUAUUAUGUUCAAUCAAACAUAUUAUAUCAUCUAAAUUAUUGUGACAACACAACAUGAAAUUAAAGUCUAUUUCGAAUAAUAUUUUUAAAACGGUUAA